GAGGACAUCUCAAGGACAAAGCAAGGAGGUCUCCAGGCGUGUAAUCGAGUUCGACUCGGCGCAUAGAAUCGCGGAAGAAGGUAUUGGGGUUACCAAGUAUGGACAGACGCCCACGACGACAGAACGAGAGGCCAGCGACAAGAAGGAGGAGCACGCAAUUGACCCAAGGAUGUGUAGACUUUGGGUGUCGCCGCUGGACCGCGCGCGGUGGCUGGUGUUGAAGCGCAUGCGACAGGAGUGGAAGCAAAGCAGGGCCAGCACAGUUAUGCUACGUCGCUGCAGUUCUGGUAGUUGUUGGGUUCUCUCGCGUAGUAAUAUUUAAGGAGAUCAGAAUGAGAAGUAUCUAGUAUUAAAAGUAGGGUGUAGCGGAUGAAAACCAAAAGUAAUGCAGCUUGGACCUGAGCCAAGUUAAGACCAGGCCCCGCGGAUGCUCUUUUCGUGUACAGCAUAUAUGAUGACAUUACCUAAAAAAUGCACUAAAAAAAGUCAGAUGGGCUCGCGGAAGCUGUCGGUCGCGCAGUUCUUACAGGGCCUCAUUGUGCUGGGGGGCGGAUCAAAGAAAGAGUCCUCGGGUGGCUUCUCGGGUGAUGGGGCUGCGUUCACUCUCGACACGCAAACUGCGGAAACCGUGCGCAAACUGCUACAGCCUCAAGAGGGCGCAGAGGAGUCGCCCUGGGUCUCUGCGAUGCGUGACGCCGUGGAACAAGCAGCCGCGUCUCCUGCUUCGACACUUGAUGCGACGCCUGCUCUGAGGCCAAGCCUAGCGGCCCUUGUUCUGACGCAGCUUCAUCGGGAAAUCUACGACGCAUACGAGGCGACUGCACUUCCACCGCCAGAGAAAGGGGGCCUCGAGAGUGCUGCUGUGAGGCUGUUGAUGAGCGGAGAGAAGCA